AUGAGCGCCGACUCGUUCGAAACUGUGAAUCCGACUCCAGAACCUUUAGCAAUGGGCGUGGGCUUAUCCGACCCUUCCAUGGCGCAUGGGCGUCGCCAGAUGCUGGACAUGGUAAACCGUUUGCACAACACUGGCGUUCAAGUCGACAUUGACCUCCCUCAAAUCGCUGUGAUCGGCAACCAAAGCGCAGGGAAAUCUUCGCUCAUCGAGUCGAUUUCUGGUAUUACGCUGCCUCGCGCAGCCGGAACUUGUACUCGCUGCCCCACCGAGUGCCGCCUCUCUCGCUCUACCUCUCCAUGGAAAUGCAUUGUAGAGCUGCGAUACAUCACCGACAAAAAUGGACAACCUCUCGGCCAGGCUCGUACUGAGCGCUUUGGUGAUCCAGUCGCAGACAAGUCCGAGGUUGAGGACCGCAUUCGUCGUGCCCAACGCGCUAUCCUUAAUCCUAGUACUUCUUCCAAGUCUUUCUUGGGCGACGACAAUGAGGAUGACAUGAAUGAACUUUCAUUCUCCAACAACUAUAUCUCGCUUCAGAUUAGUGGUCCCGAGAUGGCGGAUCUGUCUUUCGUCGACUUGCCUGGGCUCAUCGCGAGUGUUGGCCGGGAUGGCAACGAGCGUGACAUCGAAAUGGUCAAAGCUUUGGUGACCUCUUAUAUUUCGAAACCCAGCUGCGUAGUCCUUUUGACGGUCGCAUGUGAAACCGAUUUCGAAAAUCAAGGUGCUCAUCAUCUCGCAAAGCAGUAUGACCCCGAAGGCAAGCGUACUGUCGGCGUCCUUACGAAACCGGACCGUAUUCCCAACGGCGAAGAAGAAAACUGGCUUCCCCUGAUUCGCAACGAACUCGAAGCAUUGGAGCACCACUGGUUUUGCGUCAAGCAGCCAAGCUCGCAGGAGCUAAAACAGGGCAUUACCUGGGCAGAGGCGCGGGCCGCGGAGAAUGAUUUCUUUUCGCUUAAAGCCCCUUGGUGUGAUUUGUCGGCAUUGCACCAGAAGUACCUUCGCACGACCAAUCUCAUCGACAAGCUCAGCUUGAUUCUCUCGGAUUUGAUUUCAAAACGUCUUCCCGAAAUCCAAAUCGAGUUGGAGCGAUCCGUUCAAAAGACCCAGAGUGCCUUGCAAAAACUGCCGAAACAGCCCUCGAGCGAUGCCGUUGGCGAGGUUGCUGGGAUGCUCGCGGUCUUUGUUGAGGAGCUGAACCGCAUUGUCGAAGGGGUCCCCAAGGCUGACGGAUUAAUUCAGAGUAUUCGACCGGCACAACAAGAGUUUAGGCACUCGAUAUUUAAUACCGCACCUGACUUUUCACCUUUGGAGAGCACGGACAACAUCACUCCACGAGAGUCGCUCUACGGCGAUCAGGAAGACGCAAUCAGCAUUGGGCCGACUACAACGUUUGGAAGAACGAUCUAUGUUGAUGAAGUUCACAAGUGUGCCGAAGAUGCUCGCGCUAGAGAACUGCCUGGAAAUUCCCCAUUCUCAGUCCAACUGUCGUUCAUUCAAGAGUUUACUACUCGUUGGGAAGAUCCGGCCCAGACUUUGUGUGUUGCUGUCCAUGCCACACUCUCCGAACAUCUGAAGGCUCUGGUCACGAAGCAUUUCUUGGGUUAUGGACAAGGAGGAUUGGAGCAACGCAUGAAGUCUGCUUUCCAUCCUCUCGGCAACGGACAUUGGUUGACCACUGAUAGGAUUCUUGUACAAGAACGGCUCCAACGAUGCACAGCAGCGACCCAAGCUUUAAUCAGCAAACUGGUCGCGUUGGAAGAGCCCGGUCCCCUUACCCUGAACAACCACUACUUGUCUGAUUACAAGGAGAAAUAUCUGACUCGUUAUCGUGCUGCUCGCGAAAAGAAGACCAACAGUGAAUUUACGUCUACAAUCCAGAAUCACCGACGCAAAUCAUCAUACGCCAGCGAAAUAACCGAAAUUCUUAGUCACCUCGCCACCAUGGGUCUCCGCGAUGUCAAGGCUGCUGACCUCACUAAGCUCUUGCCGACCGAUGAGAUGGAGCCGGCACUUCAUAUAAUGGCUGACGUUCGCGCAUACUUCCAAGUUGCCUACAAACGGGUCACUGACAUCGUCCCACUGGCUAUUGACCACGAACUUGUUCGCGGCGUAGCGCGUGGCCUUCUUCCGAUUCUCUACAACGGGCUUGGGAUUGGCGGGGCUGACGGUGUUCGAAUCUGUCGGGAGUUCGCGCAAGAAGGCUCAGAUGUUGCUGCCAUGAGGGAAGAGUUACUCAAUAAGAUGGAGCGUCUUCAAGUAGCACGACAGGAACUUGUCCAGGUCGAAAUUUGA